ACUUUGCCUUAGGGUCAAAUUAUGUGGUUGGAUCUCUUGAUGAUUUUACUUUUACUUUAAAGCAUCUGCAGAGGCUGCAGAUUUGGAGCAAUGGCACUAGGGUUGGUGUGUUCACUAUUUUACUUAGGCAUUUUGAUGACCCAAAUCACUCUCUAAAGGGGCUGCUUCCUCAUGGGGGGAAAGACAGAUAUAAGUACCACUGCUUUAAGCAAAUUUGAAGCCCUGCCCCCUCCACAUGACCCUUUAAAGUAAAUAUUAAAAUGUCAUAAGCAAAUUUGAAGCCCUACCCUGUCCACAUGGCUCUUUACCCCUGCUAACUGGGCAAAGAGGCACCUUUUUAACAUGGUUGAGGCCCUGGUGAAUCUCUGGAAUGGAGAGACAGCCUGGGCUGUUGACACGGUUGCUCCUUAACACCCUCUCUGGCUUGGUAGAGCCCGUUCUGCUCCUUGGUUUUCCUCAGAGCUUAGGGUGAUGAAACAACUCAGGCAACGGCUAGAACGACACUGGAGAAAGAGUCGUGACUAAUCCAACCAAACAUGGGCUAGAGCCCAUUUUAGGGACUACUCCAUGGGGGCGGUGAAGAAAUGCUUCCCCCCUACCCGCCUCCAUUGCAUCUGCUCAGUGCAGACCAGUGGAGCUGUUUCAUAUAGCAAAGACAUUGCUCCACACAUCCCCCCAGGUAAUGGGGUCGGAAUCAUCUACAGCCUGUUGUGAUCAGUUUGCGUGUCACUUUGCGGAUGAAGUUGCUCAUAUCCAUGCCGAUUUGGACUCCAUAGUUUUGGCAGUUCAGACAGACGUGCCUCUAGUACUACCUGGUCCUUUUGUGUUGGAUUCUUUUCAGUUGAUGCAACCUGAGGAUGUAGACAAGUGUGCAGGUGACAUCAUGUGCUCUUGACCCUUGCCCUUCAUGGCUAAUAAAGCUGCCAGGGAGGGGACAGGUAGAUGGUUGGAGGUGAUUAUAAAUGCUUCAUUAAGGGAGGGCAGGAUGCCAUCGUGCCUCAAGGAGGCGAUGUUAAGACCAUUCGUUAAAAAGCCCUCCCUUGAUCCCUCCAACCUGCACAACUAUAGAGUGGUCUCUAACCUUCUCUUUUUGGGCAAGGUGAUAGAGCGUGUGGUGAUAUCCCAGUUGCAGAAGGUCUUGGAUGAUACGGAUUAUCUGGACCCUUCUCAAUCUGGCUUCCACCCAGGAUAUGGUACUGAAACUGCCUUGGUCUUUCUAGUGGAUGACCUACACCAGGAACCAGACAGUGGGAGUGCGUCCCUGUUGGAUCUGCUGGACCUCUCAGCGACGUUCGAUACUGUCAACCAUGGUAUCCUUCUGGACCGUCUCUUGAGUAUGGGAAUUGGAGAUUUAUUGGGCUCUGCCCAACCUGUUUGUGUUCUUACUUGCAGCCACAGUUUUCUAUUUAUAAGCCGGAUGUGUUGCACCAAUUUCAGCACACAGUUGGGCUGCUGCAACCCUGCUGACAUUGAGCCACUUGGCCAACAUGGGAUGUUAUGUGGUCACCUUGUGCCCCUUUUGAGGGAAUAA